GUCGAUCGAACCUGUUGCGCUCCCCCGCCUCCGCAUCUGGCCUUAUACCCACCCACGAUUCCUCACGGCGUUGCAAUCUCUGUGCGACGAUGACUUCUAACGGAGAUCUCUUGGGCGUCGUCCUUCUCAUCCGUCACGGAGACCGGAGAGGCUUCUACCAGGACCCGGAUAGCUACACCGCAUCGGACACGAGCUUGACCGCGCUCGGAGCGAUCGAGGAGCAGGAGACGGGCACGCUUCUCAAAGCGAGGUACCUCGACGCCUCGUCGUCCACGUACAUCCAGAACGCGACCACCGACGCUUGGGACCCGGAUCAGUUUUACAUCCGGGCGGACUCUGCCGACGAGGGAGCCGUGAUCUGGGACUCUGCCGCGGCGCUCGCUUCCGGAUUAUGGAACGAGACGAUGACCGUCCAAGUUGCGAACGGGUCCUCCGUCAGCUACCCUCGGUCGUUAGUACAGAUCGAAUCCGUCCUGGAGGACGAUAUCACACUGGAGGGCUGGCUCGACUGCGCUCCUUUCACGACCAGCACCGACGCGUUCUACAACUCGUCCGAGUUCACGGCCAAGGCCAAGGAAGCAGCGCCGUUCCUGACCGCGCUUCCGCCUUACCUUGAUGGUCGCAGCGUCGGUCUCAAGAACAUGUGGAACAUUUUCGACUAUAUGAACGUCCAGAACACGUAUAAUUCCACGUUCAAGAACAAUCUACCUCCUACCUUCCUCGCGCAGGCUCGAGACCUCGCUAACUGGCACGAGUACGGCGUCUUCUCCGACCCCAGCCUCGACGGAAUCGGGAACAUCGCUGGCCGGACGAUCCUGCCCACGAUCACGACCGCCCUCACCCGGAUCGCCAACGGCUCCGACCCGCUCAAGCUGUACAUCGAGGAGAUCUCCUACAAGCCGUUCCUCAGCCUGUUCAACAUGACCCAGGUCACGGUCGGCCACCCCGAGCUGGCCGGUAUCGUGAACUACGCCGCCGUGACAGCGUUCGAGGUGCGAUCCGGGAGCGGAUCGGGGCCCGUCGUCAACUUCUUGCUCAAGAACGGGACCGACGUCGGCUUCACGCAGUACGACAUGUUCGGCGAGGCCGACGUGCCGCUGCAAUCCUUCGUGGACAAGCUUUCGCCCGCCGCGAUCAACAGCACCGCAGAGUGGUGCACCCUCUGCUCCAACACUCAAGACCGCGGAUGCGCGGCGCUCGCCGAGGCGUCCGCGUCUGCCCUCGCCUCCGCGCACCACCACGGCUCGCUCACUAAUGCGGAGGCGGGCGUGAUUGGCGCCUUCGUCUCGCUCGCUGUCGCCGCGCUCGCGCUCGUCCUCAUGGUGUUCCUCGGCAUGGUCUCUGUCGGAAAGCCCGCGAGUCGCAAGCGCGCGAGCGGGAAUGCUGUCGGCGAAGCAGCCCACGGGGGGCGAUCUGAUGGGGGAAGCGACGCUAUUUCGCUCAACUCGGCUCGGAAGCAUUAAGGCACGGAGGAAUAUUCUGUUGUAUCGAGUACUAUAGACCGUGGAGCAUGUACGAGAGAUGCAAUUGUUGU